UGGAACGAACUGGCGCCAGCGCGUCGCAGUCGCGGGGCGCGUUUGUGCUCCGGGCAAAGUGCUGGGAGGUGGGAGAGAGGAGGCUGGUAAAUCACGGCUUGAAGCAAAGGCUAAUAUGUUAAAAAAAAAUCACACCUCCUAUUUUCCUGGAAUGUUAAACAACUGAGAGGUACUACACAACGUAGCGUGGCUUCUUGUCUUAGCUUGGCUUGCCCAGCUAAAAAUCUUUAUUGCAGGGCCUGUUUACACAAGACCAUAUAUAUUUCUGUGCAGCAGAAUCUUAAGAAGAAUCAUGGCAAAAGGUCAUACAGAAUUUAUGAUGAAAAUCCUUGAAGAUCUGAAGGAGGAAGAAAUGACCAAACUCAAACUCAUACUAAAUAAAACAACCCUACAAGGCCAAAAUAUCCCCUCAAGUAAACUAGAGAAGUUUGAUGCAGUGAAGGCAACAGAAUUACUUUAUUCCUAUUAUCUGGAUCCUCUAAAGGCACUUGAGAGUGCCCUGGAUGACAUUCCCAGGAAAGAUCUUUCUGAAAAGAUCCAUGAUAAAAUUAAACCUGAUAGGAAUAAAGAUGAAGCUCAAAAUAAUGAGAUGGUUGCUUUAACAAGAUCCUGUCCAAUAAGCAAUGACCAUCCAACAUAUACUGGUAAAUACACACUUUUUGAUCUGCAAGACUAUGCAAUAAAGAAUCAGGACCAACUAAUAGCACGCCUAAAACAGAUCCUGGAACGUGGUGAAUUUCAGAUGCUGAAAAAAAGGCUGAUGUGUAAAUACACACUUUUUGAUCUGCAAGACUAUGCAAUAAAGAAUCAGGACCAACUAAUAGCGCGCCUAAAACAGAUCCUGGAACGUGGUGAAUUUCAGAUGCUGAAAAAAAGGCUGAUGUGUAGUGUGCUGAAUAAAUCUUUUUCAUUUACUGCUCAAAAGUAUUAUGAACUGUUUAGAAACACUGACCUGAAUGCAUUUGUGGAAAAUGUCCAUAGUCGUAAGAAAUCACAAAAGAUAUCUAAGAAACUUCUUGACAUUAUGUUCUGUAUGAAAAAAAACAACCAUAAAAAAAAAGCCCAGGAACAAAGGCAGAGGGAAGGCACUAUUAACUUGAAAGAGAACCAAUCUCUUAAUAUUCCGGAUGAUGAUGAUGAUGAACCAGAUGAAAAUAUAUAUGGGACUGAAAAUGAAAAAAAGUUCAAGACUCAUGUAAUUGAACAUGGGAAUGAAGAACAUGGGAAUGAAUUGAAUGAACAUGGGAAUGAAUUCAGUGAAUGUGGGAAUGAAGAACAUGGAAGUGAAUUGAAUGAACUGAAUGAAUGUGGUAACAAUGAACAUGGGAAUGAAUUGAACCUGGGAAUGAAUUCUAGUAUUAAGGAGAAUAACACGAUAGAAGGAAAUGGGCCAUAUGAAGAUUCAGGAACGGCCAUCAAAAAAUGGUAUGAAAAAAAGAAAGAGAAUAAUCCGGAGGAAAUCCUUUUAAACUACAUUGUCAUGCAUGAGCACAAAGCAUACUGCUGCUUCAUAGCUCAGGAUGUAAUACAAUUCAAAUUGCCAGAUGACUCAGAGUAUUGUAUUCUAACAAUUCUGCAGGAUAAAAGAGAUCUUACUGUUUCAAAAAAUCUGAAAAAGAAUGUGGUAUUUGAAUUGCAGUUUAACAUGGCUGUUCUAGAUGUUCAAUAUUCUGAAGUUAUAUCCUCUGGCGGAUUUUUUCAGGUGGUACAAGCUGAUGAUUCCUUUGCUAAAUCUGAAAAUUUUUUAAAAGACAUUGUUGUUGAAAUUGUGUUGCCUGUUCUAGCACUGUAUAAAAAGGUAAAGUUAAAGGCUUUCCAGAAUAUUGCACGUUCUGAUAUAGACAUAUAAGGAACAAAAGUUGCAGGUGCUGAACAUAUCCCACUGAAAAUGUUCAUUGAUUCCUUGAUUAAAUGGCAAACGAUAACUUUUGGUUGGAUGAUUGGCUGAGGGAGAAUUCAUGUUUCUUUGUUUUUUCCCCCCAAAGAUUUUUGGCUUCAAAAGGCAGCAAAUGUAAAAGCAGCAGCCAUUUUAAUUUUUCUCUGAUAAGAUAGGAAGUCCUAGUCUCAUUAUGGAUUACAAGCCACCUUUUUUUUUUUUUUGGUAAUAUUCCAAAAGCAGAUUUGUGAUCAACAGAAAGCAAAUCAGUCAUCCCAUUCAAGAUUUUUGUGUGAAGAAAUGGGCAGUCAAGGCAGCGCUUGAUUUUAUGUUUCUUAAAUAUGUCCUUUGUGACUUGGGUCCCCGAGAGUGCCUCUUUAUUGCUGUAUAGAAUAAACAGGUUGCAGUUUCCCCACUUGUGUGUGAUUUUGGGUCUUCGCACCAGGUGAAACGAUUCCAGCAUUUGACUGGGCCAAUCCACUGCUUGACCAACACUUGUAAGACAAUUUGAGAUUUGUUACUAUUAGUUCUUAUGGAUUCAAAGUUUCAUCUGUUUAAAAAGUUCUAAUCAAUUUCCUUUUUCUGGCAACCUGUUCAAAAUCAUAAAAUGUUCCAUGGAUGAAUGUAUUUGGGAAACAUUGCUCUAGAAGAAACUGACAGUUCUCUGUGCAUUUACUCAGAAUUUAGUCUCACUGGGUUCAGUGAGGUUUACUCUUGGCUAAACAGCUAUAGAUGGAAGAUUAUUACCCUCCAUUACUUUCUUUCCAUAUUUUCUUUCCUAUAACAUAAUUCUACUUUUUCUCCAUAGAACAGGAGCAUGGACAAUAUUUCAGUGUACUUUUAAAGUAUGGCAUGUGAACCACUUCUAUAAUAUCUGUUUGCAAUGCCUGUAUUUGUAACAUCUUCAGAAUUGGAAAAUAUGCUUGUUAAACUAUGCAGUGAUUUUAUCUUUUUAAAAUAUGUCCUUUGUACAAUAUAUA